UAUGGCUGUAGCUUUCGAGUUUCGCUGGUAGUGCGCGGUGCUCAAAUCGAUUUCAGUAUAGAACGGUGUAAUUCUGACGACUCUAAAGUUUCAUUUUUAAUUUUUUUAGUGAUUGUUAUCUCUGUUUACCUUAUAUUUGCCAAAGUUAUAUAGGGAAAAUACUGAUUUUCAUUUCCGUCGUCACCAGAAUUCAUGCGACGACAAAAUGGCGUCGCUUGACAAGAUUUUACUGCAAAUUAUAAUUUUCAAUUUUAUUGGCAAAUCUUAAAACAAUUCAAAAAAAUGUUUUAAUAAGUUUAUUAAUAUAUAUUUAUGAAAUGAAUUAACCGCGUUUAACUGUUUUCAAGUUGCAAUUGUAAAAAAUACAGUGUAUUCAUUGAAAUAUCUUCAAAAUGCACUUGGCUGGUUCUAUGGCUGAAUCUGGAAGUGAAUCUAUUAGUGAGAAGGGAGGCAAAAGUGAUUCAAGUGGGUCAGGUUCGGGAAGUGACAGUGACAGUGGGUCUAGUUCUUCUGGUUCUGGCUCCGGAGGCAGGUCUGGUUCUGAAAAAUCUUCAAAUGGGGAUCGUUCACACUUAAGUGAUGAUACCAAGGGAUCUCCAAAGCACAGUAAUGCUAAUUCUUCAAAGUCUGAUCGUCACUCUGACAAAGACUCCUCCGAUGAUUCUAUUACAAAGCGUAAGUCAAGAAACAAUCAUGGAAAAGUUAAAUCAGAUCUUUGGGAAGAUAACCCUGAUAUUUAUGGUAUUCGGAGAUCAGCCAGGUCAAGGAAAGAGCCAGACAGACUUAAGGUAGCUGAUAGUGAUUCAAGUGAUAAAGGUCAAAGCCACAGUAGAAAAAGUAGGAAAAGAAGUGACUCAUGGAAUUCAGAUACAUCAGAUAGUGAUAGUGAUAUGAAGGGUUCUCCACCUCCGCCAUCUAAGCGUCCGGGCCAAAGAAGUGUUCCUCUCAGAAAAAAGAAACCCACAAGGAGAAGAAGGUUUACAAGUGACGAAGAAGAAAGUUCAGAAGCAUCUGAUGAAGAUACCAAAAGUCGGACGGCUACUCGACGAACAGGUGCUGCUGUUAGUUACAAAGAAGCCAGUGAUGAACAAACAGACUCUUCCGACCUCUGUGGAGAUGCUGAAGCUGAACCGGAGCCUGAACCAGAAGACCAUAGUGAGACUAUUGAAAGGGUUCUUGGCCAUAGACGAGGGAAGAAAGGAGUCACUGGAAAUGUGACUACAGUUUACUAUAUAGAGGAAAACGGUGAUCCUAAUGAGGAUUGUAAUCCUGAUGAUGAAGAUUCGACUGAACCACAGUACCUGAUUAAAUGGAAAGGAUGGUCGCAUAUACAUAACACAUGGGAGUCCGAGAAAAGUCUUAAUGAACAAAAAGUUAAGGGACUUAAGAAAUUAGAGAAUUAUAUAAAGAAGGAGGCUGAUCUGUCAUGGUGGAGGCAGCAAGCUGGUCCUGAAGAUAUAGACUAUUAUGAAUGUCAGUCUGAACUGCAGCAGGAAUUAGUCAAAACAUACAACAAUGUUGAAAGGAUUAUAGCUGAACAAACAAGAGAAUUAGAAGGAGGUGGAACUGCUCAUGAAUAUUUCUGUAAAUGGGAAUCUCUACCAUAUGCCGAUGCAACCUGGGAAGAUUCAUCUCUUAUUGAAAAAAGGUGGCCUGAGAAAGCUGAGAAUUUUAAAAGUAGGGAAGCUGCUAAGACAACACCGUCAAGGCAUUGCCCUGUUUUAAAAAGACGUCCAAAAUUUCAUCAAGUUAAAGAACAACCAGAGUAUAUGGGUAAAGAUCAGACAUAUGUGUUAAGGGAUUAUCAAAUGGAUGGAUUAAAUUGGCUAAUACAUUCCUGGUGUAAAGACAAUUCUGUUAUUUUAGCUGAUGAGAUGGGUUUAGGAAAAACUAUACAAACAAUUUGUUUUUUAUAUUAUCUUUUUAAAUCUCAACAACUAUAUGGACCAUUUCUUUGUGUUGUGCCCUUAAGUACUAUGACUGCCUGGCAGAGAGAGUUUGCGCAGUGGGCGCCGGAUAUUAAUGUAGUUACAUACAUUGGUGAUGUUACAAGCAGGGAUAUUAUCAGACAGUUUGAAUGGAGCUUUGCCAGUUCAAAGAGACUAAAAUUUAAUGCCAUUUUAACUACCUAUGAGAUAUUAUUGAAAGAUAGACAAUUUCUUAGAUCAUUUAGUUGGGCCUGUUUAUUAGUGGAUGAAGCACAUAGAUUGAAAAAUGAUGAUUCUCUGCUUUAUAAAGCCCUUAAGGAAUUUGAAACAAAUCAUAGGUUAUUAGUUACUGGUACACCUUUGCAAAACUCACUAAAAGAAUUGUGGGCACUGCUUCAUUUUAUAAUGCCAUACAAGUUUGAAACCUGGGAGGAAUUUGAAAAAGAUCAUGAGGAUGCUGCCACUAAGGGAUAUGAGAAGCUCCACAAACAGCUAGAGCCUUUCAUUUUAAGAAGGCAGAAAAAAGAUGUAGAGAAAUCGUUACCUGCUAAAGUGGAACAAAUUUUGCGUGUAGAGAUGACUUCAAUACAAAAACAAUAUUACAAGUGGAUAUUGACAAAGAAUUACAGUGCACUAAGGAAGGGUGUGAAGGGCUCAAUUAAUACAUUUAUCAAUAUUGUAAUAGAACUAAAAAAGUGCUGUAAUCAUGCACUUCUAACCAAACCUGAAGAUUUUGAAUCAAGAGCAUCUCUUGCCACUACAGAUGCUGUUGAGAAACUGUUAAGAGGCUCGGGCAAGCUACUUCUUUUAGAUAAAUUAUUGUGCAGGCUUAAAGAAACAGGUCAUAGAGUGCUUAUAUUUUCUCAAAUGGUUAGAAUGUUGGAUAUUUUAGCUGAAUACUUGCAACGGAGACAUUUUCCUUUUCAACGUCUUGAUGGAAGCAUAAAGGGGGAAAUCAGGAAGCAGGCUCUUGAUCAUUUCAAUGCUGAAGGAUCUCAAGAUUUUUGUUUUUUACUAUCAACACGUGCCGGAGGAUUAGGAAUUAAUUUGGCUACAGCUGACACUGUGAUAAUUUUUGACUCUGACUGGAAUCCACAAAACGAUCUCCAAGCUCAGGCUCGCGCUCAUCGUAUUGGGCAAAAAAAUCAGGUCAAUAUUUAUCGGUUAGUAACUGCCAGGUCCGUAGAGGAAGAUAUUGUUGAAAGGGCUAAAAGAAAAAUGGUACUUGACCAUCUUGUAAUUCAAAGAAUGGAUACAACAGGGAGGACAGUCUUAAAUAAACGGGACGCCACCGGAACCAGCGCAAAUAAUCCGUUUAAUAAAGAAGACUUGAAUGCUAUUCUUAAAUUUGGAGCAGAGGAAUUGUUUAAAGAUGACGAUGAAAAUGAUGAAGACCCUGUAUGUGAUAUAGAUGAAAUCCUGCAAAGAGCAGAGACAAGGGACGAAGGGCCUUCAAUGGCAGGCGAUGAACUGCUUUCUGCAUUUAAAGUGGCGAGUUUUGCUUUUGACGAAGACAAGGCGGUUAUGGAGGUCAAAAAAGAAGGAGGAGAUGAAGAAGCAAAAGAUUGGGAUGACAUUAUACCAGAAAAUGUUAGAAAAACUAUAGCAGAGCAAGAGAAAAAUAAAGAAAUGGAAGACUUGUACUUACCACCCAGAAGAAAAAAUAAUCAGAAUAAUGCUGAUAGUGGUGGUCGUAAGCGUCGCGGUCGUAGCGGAGGUGAUGCGGGUGACGGAGGGGAGGCGGGGGACGGUGACGGUGACGGUGACGACAGCGAAGCCUCGGACGGAGACGGAGACGCCAGCGCCGAUGACGACCGACCUCGGAAACGGGGACGGCCACCAGCCUCGCACAGAGAAAAGAUCAAAGGAUUCACUGAUCAGGAGAUAAGAAGAUUCGUCAAAAGUUACAAGAAAUUCUCAGCUCCCUUGAAACAUCUAGACAGCAUUGCAUGUGAUGCUGAGCUGCAGGAAAAACCACUAGCAGACCUGAAAAAGUUAGGAGAAAUUCUUCAAGAAAGAUGUAAAGCUGUAUUAAAUAAUACGGCUGAUGCACCUAAUGAACAAAGUGAUGGUCGUAAAAAUGCAAGAAAGACUUUUAAACUUGGAGGAGUUCCUGUAAAUGCUAAAACAAUGGCUGCCUGCCAGGAUGAACUUGCACCAUUAGAUGAAUUCUUGCCACAAACCAAGGAAGAGAGGCUCAAAUGGCAGUUGGAUUUCAGGACAAGACCAGCUAAUUUUGAUAUCGAAUGGGGAGUAGAAGAUGAUUCGAAGCUAUUGGCCGGCAUUUAUCAAUAUGGGAUGGGAUCUUGGGAAGCCAUAAAGAUGGACUCAUCUUUUGAAAUCUGUGAUAAAAUACUUACAAAUGAAGAUAAAAAGCCGCAAGCAAAGCAUUUACAGUCUAGAGCUGAAUAUUUGUUGAAACUUAUCAAAAAGCUUUUAGACCAGAAAAAUGGAAAACAAAAACAGAGAAAACCAAGAGUUAAGAAGGGGGCCAAGGAGCCUGUUACAAAAGAUAUAGUGGAUGAUGACGUUAGUACUGGCGAAGAAAACAAAAGAACAAGAAGUGCCAAAAAUGAUAAAAAUGACAAGAACAAAUCCAAAGUAGAAGAGGUGUUAACCCAUGAUGAAACAUCAAAUGAUAGAAAAGAAAAGGAUAGAAAACGCACAAAGAAGGAUGGGAAAGACCGACUUAAAAAUGAAAAGGUUAAAGGUCGCAAAAAACCUGCUGGUCCUAUGCAUUUUACUGCAAAUAAUGAACCCAGAGCUUUAGAAGUCCUAGGUGACCUUGACCCUUCGGUAUUUGAGGAGUGUAAAGAGAAAAUGAGACCGGUUAAAAAGGCACUUCGUGCAUUAGAUAAUCCUGACCACACGUUGUCAGACACAGAACAAUUGUCGCGAACAAGGGCUUGCCUCACACAAAUAGGAAACCAAAUAGAUAUAUGUUUAUCUGAAUAUCCAGACCCAGAAAAGAAAGUUGAAUGGAGGAGUAAUCUCUGGUAUUUUGUAUCUAAAUUUACCAAUUUUGACGCUAAGCAGUUGUACAGACUGUAUAAGUAUGGCCUUAAGAAAACUGAUGGAAAGAAGGACAGUAAACACAAAGAAAAUAAGUCCAAUCUGAAGAACAAUGUAAAUAGUACAAAUAAUCACGUCAAAACUCAUAAAAAGGAGGUGAAGCAAAACGAUAGUGACCGUAGAGAUAAAAGGCCUAGACUCGAGAAGGAAAAAGUAGACAAAAAUAAUGAGAAAACACCUCAUGUGUCGGGAGUUAAGAGGAAACUCGAAGAGGGAGAAUGUGAUCCUGAGCCAACUGAAAAUAAACGUCAUGAGAGACAUAAACACAAGCACAAGGAUCGCAGAGAUAGGGAUGAAAGCGUGAAGAGGGACAAUUUGAUGUACAGAGAACGGAGCCGGACGGAGCGGGACCGAGAGCGGGAUCGGGAUCGAGAUCGGGACCGAGACCGGGAUCGGGACCGCGACCGGGAGCGGGAGCGAGACCGGGACCGGGAACGAGAUCGGGACAGGGAGCGAUCGAGGACGAGGCGGGACAGUGGAGGCGUGGGGCAACCUCGAGCGAGGCCGCCGUAUGCGGCCCACCCGCACGCCGAGCAUGCAGCUCAUCCAGCGCAUCCCGCACAUGCCGCGCAUCCCGGCUGGACCCCGCCAGCGUAUCCUGGCCCGCGGCAGUAUCGCGGAGGCGAUCGCAAUUCACGAUCACACGACAAGAGACGGUUCGGAGGUUACGCAGCUAUGGGAGGUCCAUACAGUGGUUACUAUGAGGGCGCGGCGAUGGCCAGCGGUAUGGGUUUCCCGCCGGUGCGCGCUUACUCGGACGACUGGCGCGGGUACGCGCAGCCCGAGUACCCGUACGAGGACCGGGAGUAUGAGCGCGAGGUUUACCGAAGAGAUUACGACCGACGUGCGCCUCCAACCUAGCUAUAUCCUCCUAGCUGGCUUAUAUUAUCGGCUGAGAAGUACCUUCUGUAAAUAUAGUUAUAGAUUUUUAUAAAUGUGUAAAUAGCCAUAGAGAUCUCUUUCCGUGGACACCGAUUUAGCCGUAUACUGUAAACUGUAAAGUGUAAGUGACAAAUAGUGCUGUGGUUUUUAUCUAUGUGAUAAGCGAAGCGCAUCAUCAAUUACUAUUGAGACAUUGAUUAAUAUUAUGACUGUGUUUUAUAAGUGAGACUGUAUAGUAAAAUUUAUUUAUUUCCGAUUCGAUUAUUUGUUAAUGUACAGAUUUUAGACAAAUAACAUUAUUUUUUUUAUAUUGUUUCAAUUUUGUUGCCAAUUUUACCGGUAAAUAUAAAUAGUCUUUCAAUCUACUAUUUCUUAAUUUCCUAUUUAUUAUAUGCAUCAACCGAGAUAAAUAAUUUGACACUGGCACAGGUGAUAUUAAUAUAAUGUAUGCGUAUGUUAUAAUUUUAUAUAUGCGUAAUUCAUUGUAUUAAGAUAUUGUACAAAAAUAAGCUAUUAAUAGAUAUGCAUAAAUAUUGAAAUCAUGUGCAAUCCGAAACAAUGUGUAUAGCUUGAAGAGCACAUAAAUUGUCAUUGCAUUUUAGCAGUGAACUGGAAAGAGUUGAUAUGUAUUUCCUUUCUCAUUAUACAUGCAUUUGGAGUCCUGGUAGGACUCAUACAGUCCUAUUUUUAUACAUAUUAUGUAAAGUCUUAUUCUCUGUUACAUACAAUUGAGUGUAAUACGAGUGAAAACACCUAAAUGGUGUACACAAUGAUAAUAAACAUAUUAUUAAAGUUGC